CCCAUCAACGUGAGUCUGCCUAUGUGUCUGCACAUUGCACGCAGUCUGUCAAAUAACCGGUUUUCCAUGCUCCCUCCCAUCGCCAUGCCGUGCAGUCAUCAUAGCUACAUAGGUGGUAGACACGGCCGCGUCGUUGUUUUUACCCGUCUACUAUCUCUCUCUCUCUCGCACACUCCGUCUCCCAUCUGCAGUUCCAACAUCCCCCCUGAACCGCCGAAUCAGAGCGCAUUCAUCUCCUGA